AUGACAGUAACGCAACCAGCUCCAAUAAAUGAAGUGGCCUCUGCCAAUGAUCUUUUCAAUCCACCAGACGUUCAGAAGAUCAUCGUGGAGCAUGUCAUUAAAAGUGAUAACUCAAUUUCUACAAAUCAAGGAACAAAACGACUUCGCCCAUUUUCAGGCAAACUUCCUAAGCCUCCUAAUGAAGUGGACUUCCAGACAUGGUCUCUCCAUGUAGAGCUUAUGAUUCAAGACAAAAUUCCAGUUGACAUGCAGCGACGUACAAUUUUAGAAAGUCUGCUUCCACCAGCCUCUGAUUUAAUCAGACAGCUAGGCCCACAUGCAGAUCCUUGCGAUUAUGUGAAACUUAUUGAUUCAGCAUAUGGAUUGGUUGAGGAUGGGGACGAAAUCUUCGCAAGGUUCCUCGGUACUCAUCAAAACACAGGAGAAAAAGCCUCAGAGUACCUGCAGCGAUUACAGGUGCUGAUUACUACUGCAACAAAGAGAGGUGGCAUUGAUAAAGCAGAUGCCAAUAAACAGUUACUGCGGCAGUUUCGGCGUGGGUGCUGGGAUCAGUCUCUCAUUCUGGCAUUGCAGUUAGGGCUUAAAACAGAAACGCCUCCUGAUUUUUCGGAAUUCCUGUUACAGGUGAGAACAGAGGAAGAUAGGAGAGCCGCAAAGCAUGAUCGCAUGCAACGGCAUUUAGGGACUACCAAGCCCAAAUCCUUUCUGAAUAUGCAGCUAGUGAAUGAAGCUCCUUGUUCUCAAGAUGCUAGUGCUAAUGUCCUGCAGACUAUCAUCACAGAAACUGAAGCAUUGCGGAAGCAGGUUGCAGAACUAAAAAUGCAGCUUACUAAAAAGAAGGAGCAAAGGCGACAGAGACAUGCUAACAAAACUCAAAAUCCAGCUCAAGAAAUCCCCUCAGCUAGGGUGGCAGAGGUUCAAGCUCAACAGACAGCACCAAAGCCCAGGCCAAAGUCAUGGUUCUGUUUUAAAUGUGGCAAUGAUGGGCAUCUAGCAAGACAGUGUGAAAAUCCCCCAAAUAAGCCUUUAGUGGAUCAGAAAUAUGAGGAACUGAAAGAAAAACAAGAUGAAUGGCAAACCAAAUAUGGGCAUUUAAACUGGAACGGGUCGCGGUGGAGGGACUGA